AUGGCGCCACAGAAAGAAUAUCUUCCACGUCAUCCAGACCUCACACUUAACGACCGUAGUCCAGAUUUCAUACUUAACGACCGUAGCCUAGACCUCACACUUAACGACCGUAGUCCAGAUCUCACACUUAACGACCUUAGUCUAGACCUCACACUUAACGACCGUAGUCCAGAUUUCAUACUUAACGACCGUAGUCUAGACCUCACACUUAACGACCGUAGUCCAGAUCUCACACUUAACGACCUUGUGCUUAAAGCCCGCUAUGUACAGCAGACUUUAGACGCCAGCCCCUCUCCAGAACUCUCAGCUGGUGAUGACGAGAGAUCCCGAUAUACCCCCAGGAUCCAAAUAUACCCCCAGGAUCCCGAUAUACCCCCAGGAUCCCGGUAUAACCCUAGGGUCCCGGUAUACCCACAGGAUCCCGGUAUACCCCCAGGAUCCCGAUAUAACCCGGUAUACCCCAGGAUCCCGGUAUACCCAGGAUCCCGAUCCCAGGAUCCCGAUAAACCCCCAGGAUCCCGAUAUACCCCCAGGAUCCAAAUAUACCCCAGGAUCCCAUAUACCCCCAGGAGAUAUAUAUCCUGGUAUACCCCAGGAUCCCUGAUAUACCCCAGGAUCCCGGUAUACCCCCGGAUCUAUAACCCAGGUCCCGGUAUCCAGGAUCAUGUAUAUAUCCUGGUAUACCCCAGGAUCAGUAUACCCACAGGAUCCCGGUAUACCCCCAGGAUCCAAAUAUACCCCAGGAUCCCCCCAGGAUCCCGGUAUACCCCAGGAUCGGUAUACCCCAGGAUCCUGGUAUACCACAUCCGGUAUACCCACAGGAUCCCGGUAUACCCCCAGGAUCCAAAUACCCCCAGGAUGCCCCCGGUAUCCCCCAGGAUCCCGGUAUACCCCCAGGAUCCUGGUAUACAGGAUCACGGUAUACCCACAGGAUCCCGGUAUACCCCCAGGAUCCAAUAUACCCCAGGAUACCCCCAGGAUCCCAGGAUAUGCCCCCAGGAUCCCUGGUAUACCCCCAGGAUCACGGUAUACCCACAGGAUCACGGUAUACCCCAGGAUCCAAAUAUACCCCAGGAUCCCGAUAUACCCCCAGGAUCCGAUAUAGGAUCCCGGUAUACCCCAGGUGGGAUCCCGGUAUACCCCCAGGAUCCCGAUAUAACCCCUAGGGAUCCCGGUAUAACCCUAGGGUCCCGGUAUACCCACAGGAUCCAAAUAUACCCCCAGGAUCCCGGUAUACCCCCAGGAUCCCGGUAUACCCCAGGAUCCCGGUAUACCCCAGGAUCCCGGUAUACCCCAGGAUCCCGGUAUAUUCCCCAGGAUCGGUAUACCCCAGGAUCCGGUAUACCCCCAGGAUCCAAUAUACCCCCAGGAUCCCCGUAUACCCCCAGGAUCCCGGUAUACCCCCAGGAUCCUGGUAUACCCCAGGAUCACGGUAUACCCACAGGAUCCCGAUAUACCCCCAGGAUCCCAAUAUACCCACAGGAUCCCGGUAUACCCCCAGGAUCCCGAUAUACCCCCAGGAUCCCGGUAUACCCCAGGAUCCCGGUAUACCCCCAGAUCCAAAUAUACCCCCAGGAUCCCGAUAUACCCCAGGAUCACGGUAUACCCACAGGAUCCCGGUAUACCCCCAGGAUCCCGGUAUACCCAUUGGGAUCCCGGUAUACCCCAGGAUCCCGAUAUACCCCCAGGAUCCCGGUAUACCCCCAGGAUCCUGGUAUUCCCCAGGAUCCCGGUAUACCCACAGGAUCCCGGUAUACCCACAGAUUCCGGUAUACCCCAGGAUCCCGGUACCCACAGGAUCCCGGUAUACCCCCAGGAUCCCGAUAUACGCCCAGGAUUCCGGUAUACCCCCAGAUCCGGUAUACCCCAGGAUCCCGGUAUACCCCCAGGAUCCAAAUACCCCCAGGAUCACGGUAUACCCACAGGAUCACGGUAUACCCACAGGAUCCCGGUAUACCCCCAGGAUCCAAAUAUACCUCAGGAUCCCGGUAUACCCACAGGAUCCCGGUAUACCCACAGGAUCCCGGUAUACCCACAGGAUCCCGGUAUACCCCACAGGAUCCCGGUAUACCCCAGGAUCCCGGUAUACCCACAGGAUCCCGGUAUGCUACCCCAGGAUCCCGAUAUACCCCGAGGAUCCUGGUAUACCCCCAGGAUCCCGGUAUACCCCCAGGAUCCCGAUAUACCCCCAGGAUCCGGUAUACCCCCAGGAUCCCGGUAUACCCACAGGAUCACGGUAUACCCACAGGAUCCCGAUAUACCCCCAGGAUCCCGAUAUACCCCCAGGAUCCCGAUAUACCCCGGGAUCCUGGUAUACCCCAGGAUCCCGAUAUAACCCUAGAGCGGUAUACCCCAGGAUCCCGAUAUAACCCUAGAUCCCGGUAUACCCCCAGGAUCCCGAUAUACCCCCAGGAUCCCGAUAUACCCCUCAGGAUCCCGAUAUACCCCCAGGAUCGAUAUAACCCUGGGAUCCCGUAUACCCCCAGGAUCACGGAUCCCGAUAUACCCCCAGGAUCCCGAUAUACCCCCAGGAUCCCGGUAUACUCCCCAGGAUCCCGAUAUAACCCUAGGAUCCCGGUAUACCCACAGGAUCACGGUAUACCCCCAGGAUCCCGAUAUACCCCAGGAUCCCGAUAUACCCUCAGGAUCCUGAUAUACCCCCAGGAUCCCGGUAUACCCCAGGAUCCCGAUAUAACCCUAGGAUCCCGGUAUACCCCCAGAUCCGAUAUUCCCCAGAUCCUGGUAUACCCCCAGGAUCACGGUAUACCCCAGGAUCCAAAUAUACCCCAGGAUCCCGAUGAUAUACCCCCAGGAUCCCGGUAUACCCCCAGGUCUGAUAUACCCCCAGGAUCCGGUAUACCCCAGGAUCCCGAUAUACCCCUGGGAUCCUGGUAUACCCCAGGAUCCCGAUAUAACCCUAGGAUUCCCGGUAUACCCCAGGAUCCCGAUAUACCCCAGAUCCUAUACCCCCAGGAUCACGGUAGCCCCAGAUCCAAAUAUACCCACAGGAUCCCGAUAUACCCCCAGGAUCCCAGUCUAUCCGCCAUCAUUGGGUCAAAAUAUUAUUCGGUGAUAAGGGUCUAG